UAUAUUAAGUUAUAAAUAAAUUAUCUAAUCAGCAUUUUGGUAUUCUACCAUCAUAUUCUAGCAAAUUACUUAGACAUUUUUUGAAUUCCCAUCACAAGCCAGUUCUCCAUUGAAUUUCAUGGGUUCCCUAGUUUAGUCCACUGCAUCAAAGAUGACAGCUAUGAUUUCCGCUUUUGCGUUGUCACAUUGCGCAUUUGCCAACGUCUAAAAGUUUUAUUGUACAUCGGGGAAAAACCUGAAAUAUGUAAGAGUUUUUGAAAAAUAAAAUUUUAAUAACUCGAUUAUUGUAUCGGAUAUUAGAUAUUAUUGUGGACGCAGACUGACUACUUUAGCGCGUGUCAAUCUCUUACGCUCCAUUAUUGAACAUUGAAAAACAGACUUUCAGGGAUGUCCCGUCUUCUGUGCUUAUUGAUAUAAUUUCUGUUGAUCUUAUACGCAGAACGAUCAUGUGGUUCUGUCCAUUCACUGACGCCAUAAAUACUGUUUUAAUAUUUGAAAAAUCUUAAACAACAUGAUCCAUAAUAUUUCAGACCAAUCGUGGUGGUUGUAUAUUUUGUAAAUUCAAAACUAUAAUUUACUCAUUAAUCAGUGCCAAUUAUUUUUCUCUGUGAUUAUGUUUUCUGUAACGGGAAUAUAUACUUCUUCUUUAAAAAGGAUAAUGAAAAUUUGUGUUUAGUAUUUAUCAUAAUUCAUUUGAAGUUGUGGGACAUUAUUCUUCAUAUAAAGCAACUUCAGCUCAUCGAUGGAUUCUAUGCAUCCAGUUGUGUCAAAAAAGCCUAUAACUGCAGUCAAUGUUAGUCCUUCUACGCAAGUAGUAGAAUGCAUAAGACCAUUUAAAUUGACGCAACAGUUUCCAAGUAAGGUAUCAGUAGUUCAAAGUAAAUCUUUGGAAAAUCUUGUGGUACAGAGUAAAAAUUCAUUAAACAUGGUUCCAUUAAUGCCAAUUAUUACUGAUAUGGGAGUCACACCAGUUGUGAAGACUAUCUCUCCUGCUAUGUUUCAAAAGUUAAAACUAAAAUUACCAGAUGGUAAAGAUUUAGGAGAAUUUAAAGUUCAAGUACUAUCUCAAAGACCUGACUUGACUCAAGGGAAAACUAUUACAUUACCCAACCAUGGUACUCUUACAAGAAUAGAUAACCCAUCUGCAUUAUCACUUUUAAAAGCUACAGAUACAAAUACAACAAGAAAGGGUGAUUUACAAAUGACUACUCCGUUAGGAAAUAGUAUUAAUAUGUCCAUUGCGGAUAAAAAUACUAAUACUGGUUUAAAUCAAUUGCGCAUAUCACCAAAAAACUUUACUUUACAUAACAUUGUGGAACAUCAGGAAGGUAAAAGAAAAACAAGAGUAGGAAUCUUACGAAGCACAAAGGAAAAAGAAAAAAUUAAUCAAGCACAACAAGAUAAAAAUAAAGUACUUGUAAUACCAUCUCAGACACAUUCUGAGAUUCCACAGUUACAAAUUCAGCCAAAUAAUGUAAAUGUUUUCCAAUUGCCUGCAACCCAUAAAGUCAUAAUACUUCAAGCCAAUGGUAAUACAACUGCAAUAAAACCUAAUUCAAAUUUGGGAUUUGCACAACUUAAAACUGUAGCACCGAGCACAGGUGUAGUAUCACCAACACAGAAUGUAAUAAAUCGAAAGUGCUCCCAGCAGAACAAAAGAAAUUAUACAGAAAGUAUUGCAGCUACAAGUUUUGAUAUUAAUAGUAGUAAAAGCUAUCAACACGAUUCACAUGAUACCAAGCCUAUUAUUACUGUUCAAAAAAACAAGAAUGGAAAGUUGAUACAUAGACGGAUUGUGAAAUUACCAGAUUAUCAUAAAGUUCGAAUUCCAAGAUUAAAUAAAAAAGUUAACGAAGAAGUAUCUAGUACAACAGUUAAUAAAGCAGUGCAACAUACCCUAAGUGUAACAUUACCUUCUAAUUCGAAAAAAAUAGCACAAUAUGGAUGUAACAAUGUUGUAAUUAAACGUUGUGAUCAGAUUUCAUCAAGCAGUUCAAAAAAUACUUGUAAUGAAAUUUGUAUUAUGAGACAACCUGUAAGACUCGUAGACCCACCAACUGUACAACGUGAAAACACUUUGAACAUAGAAAAGAAUAAAAAUGUGGGUGCAAAUGCUCCAAAUCCAAUAAAUUCAAGUACUGUUGAUACAACUGUACGGGAUAAUUGUAUCCCAGAAAAAAAUAAUUUUCCUCUGGACACAGUUCAAAUGCUACAAAAUAAUACUGCUGCAGAAAAGAAAAAUGCUGUCGAGAAGACUAAUAUUUUUGAAGACAGUGUUAAAGAUCAACCAGAGAGUACAAUGAUAAUUCCAGAUCAGAAUGAAAACAAUGGAAGCAUUUCAAGCAACUUAAAUAUACUUAAAGAAGCCUUGGGCAGUGUUACCGAUGUAGACCUUCGUGCUAAAGCAUUAAAAGCUCUUGCUGAAUGUGGAUUGAAAUUUGAAAGAGAAAUACCUAUACAACCCUCUCAUAAAACAAUCACUUAUGGUGAUACUGAUACGCAAACAGAGAUUUUUGGAUUGAUCGAUCCUCAACAAUUUAUAUUGGCGUCUGAAGACUUUCCAGAUCUUAAACGUAUAAGUACACAAACGAAAUGUAUUCAAAAGUCAGGCUUGGGGCGCAUGAGUAUAUCUGAGAAAUCUAUACAGUUUCUGAAUGAUGACUGUGUUUCAAUUUCACCAGAUAAUUCGCUGUUUCUACCAGACAUAGAGAUGGAAAACCUUUUACAUUUAAAUAAGUGUUCAUCUAAAAUUAUUGACUUAUUCGAUAAACCAUCCGUUUCUGUUGAAAGAAUCUAUAAACAGAUGAAAAGAGACUUUAUGGAUGCAAUAGAAUGGGAUGAAAAUGGCAUGCUUGGAAUUCACAAAUCGGUGCUUAAUGGUGCACUGAAUGAAAUCAAAAGACAAUUGAUUGUUCUUCAAGCUUGCAAGAUGGACGUGGAUAUACCGACUCGAAAUGGAGAGACAAGCUUAGAAUUAGCAGUACUACAUGAUAUCGACGCAAGCAUAGUGAAACUUUUUUUGAGGACUGGAGCAAAACCUGUUUCUUCAAUUCCCUUACAUGACUCAGCAAUCACAAUUGCUAGCAAAUUAUCAUUACCAAUUCUAUCAGACCUUAUUGCUUUUGUUAAAACUCCGCAGCUACUCAACAAUUUGGAUUCACAAGGUUUUGCCGCAUUACAUUACUGCUCGCAAGUGGGAUUCACGAAAGGAAUAGAGUCGUUACUAAAUGCUGGUGCAGAUGUAAAUCUUUGCGAUGGUAGAUCAGGACGAACAGCUUUAUUUCAUGCAGUUGAAAAUCGGCAUGAUGACUUGGCUAUACUACUUAUAAAUCGAGGAGCAAUUCCAAAUAUUGCUAAUUAUGCUGGUCAAACUGUCAUGGCCAUGUCUGACGAAUUUAAAAAUCAGACUUUGGUAGAAGCUUUGAACAAAGCUAUGAAGUGACACUCGAUAGUACGUUUAAAUUUUACUAAUAAGUCUGUUUUAUGCCAUUUUCAGUUAUACUACUUUAUUGUUAUAUAGCUAACAAAUUUAUAGUGAUCUAGAAACGUUCAUGUGAAAUGUGUUCAAAUUGUAUAUAGAUUGAAAAUGGUAUGAGUUAUAUCAAGUUGUAUAUAGAUUGAAAUGGCUAAAGUUAUAGGUGUUAUGUUUACGAAACAACCUAAAAAAUGGUUAUUUAAUGAAACUAUUGAAUUUCAACUCUUCUUAUUCUAGUGAUUAACAACCUCACUAUUGUUGAAUAAUUAAUGUACAUAUGUUUAGUAUAAAAUCCAUCUUAUUUCUUCUACACAGUGUAAAUAACUUCAUUAAUCAUAAAAUAACAUUUUAUGUGAAUUGAAUUAAAGUAAUAAGUUUCAAGCUAUCCUUUUUUUUACAUGGAAGAUGUAUUUCUUAUGAUGAUAGCUCGUCAUUCCUCCUCCACACACAUGCAUAACACAUAUAUUGUUUUUCCGAAUUGCUAAAAUGUAUUUACGAAAGUAUUUAUUAGCAUUAUAGUUAAUAAUUGAUAAUAAGCGACAAUUUUUAUAUACUAAUGUAGGAGAUAUUUUUCUUGCAUUAUCAUCGGAUUAUGAAAAAAUUCUCUAUACAUAUACGUGCGCCAAUUUUCUUAGAAAAUUCAUAUAAAUAAAUGGUAUACGUAUCGUACAAAUUCUUUCCUUAGAUUAAUUAAUAUAAAUCCGUUAGAUAUAUGAAAUAGGAUAUAUUCUGUUUAGAUAUCAUAUUUUAUCAGCAUCCUUCCUUCAAAAUAUUUAUCAUAUAUUAAUCUAUAUGAAAAUUAUUGACACGUAGUGCAUAAUCUUUUUAUUAUAUAUAAGGAAUAGACGCGAAAUCAGUACAAUCCUAUGAAAAUUCUUUGUGCUAGGGAAUUUUUUGAAUUAACUUUAGAUAAUUAAACAUUCGUUCAAUAGUCUACGGAGCCCCGUCACCUUUGCGAAUUGGAGAUGUCGCUUCCACCAAGCCAUUCACAGUACCUAUAUAACUAGUUAAAUGAGUCACCCAAAAGUGAUAAACGCGGAUGUAUGUGCAUACAUACAUACAUUUGUUACUUUCUGAAAUUUAACAAUAAAAUGUUUAGUGAUAACGUACAAAAGUUUUUGUCAAUAUGUUAAUAAUGCAUAUAUUAUUUGUGUGUCAAAUAAUGCAAGACAGCGGUAAAAGCCCUCACAUGAAGUGGCUAUGCAUCCACAUUGGCUAACAACCUUGUAAAGCCGUGGUUGGAAGAGCUUUACAAUACGAUAACUUUAAGACGUUCCAUCAAAGAAAAAUUAUUGGAGAUAUUUUGAAUAUUAAAGAGCCACCAGAACAAACGAUUCGAAGUUAAGUUCAGUUACCUAAGGUCAACUGUCAAUCUUAUGUGUACACACCUAUACAAACGACAGUAUGCUAAAUCUAUGGUGCAAGGGAUAUACAGAGAGAAAAAGUUUAUGUUUUACUGUUAUUAUGAGUAGUUAUGUAUUACUUUUUCCCAGACAAAUCUCUUUUCCAAAUUUAAUCUCUUAAUGAGGAGCCACUCACGUUAAUAUCCCGCUAACGAAAUUCUUGUUUGGAUUUAUAAUAGUUAUCAAUGCACUGUCUUGUAAGACUGGAAACGAGUAAAUUGACGUAACUGGAGAAGUGGGGACAUUCUCUAGAAUUCCUGAUACGCUGAAUAUAUUUAUAACAACAGUGCACCUAAAUCAAUGUAGGAUGCUGACCCAUUGAGACUUUCAUGACAAACGCACGACAUAUUUCUCCAGAAUAAUUUCAGUGCUCCAUGUCUGGGAAUUAAUAACUUUAAAGUAAAUAUCGCUUUUUGUCGUUAUUAUCGAUUUAUAAAUUCGAAGCAAUUUCUUUACUCGAUUGAUAAAGAGCGUUACACCACAUCCGUACUUUAAAUUGUAGUGCCGAUUAGUACGAUGUCGAAUUAAAUGUAAGUACAAUAUAUGUAUUCUGCUGAUAAUAAAAUGAUUAUAGGACUUGUAUAAAUUAAAGACAAGUUUAAUAAUUUUGUAAUAAAGAAUUUCAUGGAUAUUAUUAAAGUGGCUUGAAUGUUGCA